GCCGCUGUGUUGACACGCUCUGCACCUUGCUCCUGCCCUCUCCUUUCACUCUUCUUAUCCCCCCGAUCCCCCCAUCAUUCCUGACAACUCCUGAGUGCCUGGAUUUCAUCAUCCAGCCCUGCAGGAUGCUCCCCUUUGUUCUGAGGAAGGCUGUCCCAGACAGAGAGGAGGAGAUGAAGGUAGAUACCAAGAUUGAUAUGGAGGAGGAGAUGGAGGUAGAUACCAAGAUUGAUAUGGAGGAGGACAUGGAAAUAGAAGACCCUGGAGAGGAAGUGAUGGACCUGGAUGAGGAUGAUGAAGAAGAGAUGGAUGUGGAUGCGACUGAGGAAGAAGAGAUGGAUGUGGAUAUGGAAGAGUCCAUUGAGGACAUGGAUAUUGAUUAAGAAGGUGCGAUGGACAUCACAGAGACACCACCCAUGUGUAUAUAUGUUCUACAGUUUGUUGUUGUUCUUUAGAAUAUAGAUUUUACGGCUAUUUUGGACUUCUGUAAAUACGUUUCACAUAGUUUUGUUAGGUAGGUUUUUAUGUAUA